GAAACAAGGAACACAUACACUAGACAUGCCAUAUUUUGCUGACAACCCCUGUAGUUUUCAGCAACAGACCAUGGAAGCUCCAAACCACACCAGGCUUUCAGAUAGCUUUGUGGUGUUAAGCACUAUGAUGUUAGGAAGCCAUGCACGUGGAUUGAUGACAUCAGACAUGCCUGUCCAAUCUUCAAACACAGGUUAUUUGCAGCAGAUCAUGCCACGAGCCUUGGUUCCUAGGCAAGGAUGCAUUCACCCAGGAGGUUCUCCAAACAGGUCACAGCCACCGGCAGUAAGAAAACCAUGGCACAGUAGCAAUCCAUUUACUAUCAUGAAAAGCAACCGGAGGAUAAGCAGGUGUACUGGAUGCCGUGGUUCAUUGCCCAAAAAUCCAGACAACAGCCCUUGCCCUCCACCUUUGGACCCUGUGGUACAGCUUGUUGAAAAAGAUGAGUACCCCUACAAGGAUUCCCUUACCGGGGCAGUACAGAACAGGAUAUCUGGGGAAAAGCCAAAGUAUUAUCACCCCAUGCCUAGCUGCAUCCUGCAGAGGCACCCGUACUUCAAGGAAAGUAUGCUACAUUUCCAGGAGGGCAUGAUCUUUGAUUUCCAACAUGAACAGUACUUGGCAAGUGUAUUCGGUAUCAGUGUGUAGUUUCACUUACAUGUACAUCCAGGGAGAAAGGUUUUGGUGUCAGGAUACACUGCCCUUAAUUAAUGUUUAAGUGUCGGGAUGAAGAAAAAACAAAGCAAAACAGCGAAAUUUGAAAAAAAUCACAUGUGUGGUAUUGAUACAGGAAAUUAUGUAGUAAUUGUUGGUCACUGCAUUUGUUUGGUAUUGAAAUGAUAAUGGAGGGCGUUCCCUGAAAGUCUGUUAAGUUUUUUUUAGGAACUAACCAGUUCUAUCUUAGUGUUAAUAUUAAAUUGUCGGGUGAAGAAAAAACAAAGCAAAUCAGUGAAAAAUGAAAGAAUCAGACAUGUGCAGUAUUGAU